GCGGAAGAGACCGGCGGGACUCCGCCCGCUACCUGCUGGAUUGCCUAAGGCGCUAAGGUACUCACCCUUCACCUUGUUCUUGACGGGACCGCGACUAAGAGAAAUCGGGUUAGAUGAGACUUUCAGGAUCGCCCAAUCCCCGACUGUGGGUUCGGGUCCAUUCAAUCCAGCCAUUCAUCGUGUCCCUCUCGGCAUCAUCGAACCUUACGGGAGGGGAGGAAAAGAUUGAAGGAAGAGAGCUUUUGCAUCCGUUCCGCUCACCGUCAGUAACUGCACUGUUGGUAAUAUCAUUGGGUGAUUUUGUUUCGCUCAUGUCCUUUCUCCAGCUCUUUCACUGGAUGAGAGUUGUCCUGACUACUAUCUUCCAUUCCAAGUCAGGAACGAAAGUGAUUGGGUUGAAUGACAUUUCCAUCCCCAGUCAUACCUAAAGAUAACCAAGAUUGAGGGAACGAGCACGAUACUGUGUAUUUUCCAGGAGAAACUUAACCUACC